GUGACCUACAACGAGGAAAGGGCAUUCGGGACCAAUUCAUUACCCUGACCUACCCGGCACUCACACCAACACCAACCUGCUUUUACAGUAAUUCGUUACCAGACGAGCUCAUUCAUCGGCUUUCAAAUCACCGACGUCGAGCUCGUCAUUAAUCAGCAAGAGACGUAUAAGGCGGGGUUCAUCGUUCAUCUCAUUGAAGCAAUCGAGCACAUCAUUGAGCAUAUAUAUAAUCAACUAUUUCACCAAUCCUUUCAAAUAUCUACCCUUCACCUCGACAGCAUCUCAUCUCACAACUCUGCCAACCAUAUAUCUGUUCCCAUCCCACCAAACUCACCUCACCUACACAACAACAACUUCCCCCCCCCCCUAAAACCCUUCACCAUGUCCAAAUUCUACACCAUCAUCGCCGGCGUAGGCGCAGGAACAGGCCGCUCACUAGCCCUCCGCUUCGCUAAAUCCUACCCCGUCAUCCUCCUAGCCCGCACCCCCCAAUCCUACGACCCCAUUGUCACUGAAAUCACCUCCCUCGGCGGACAAGCCCUCGGCAUCCCCACCGACACCUCCGACGCCACCUCCCUAGCCUCCGCCUUCCAAACAAUCAAAGACCACCACAAAGACGCCCACCUCGCCGCGGCAAUCUACAACGUCGGCGCCGGCUUCGCUGUCAAACCCUUCCUCUCCCUCACCCCCACCGACCUCUCCGCUUCCCUCUCCUCCAACGCGGUCGGCCUCUUCAACUUUGCGCAGCAGACCCUCCCCCUUUUGCUCUCCUCCGUCUCUGCUUCCCCUCCUCACCCCCCUUCUCUCAUCGUGACCGGAGCUACCGCUUCUGUGAGGGGUUCCCCUAAGUUCGCUACCUUUGCGGCAGGGAAGUUUGCUGCUAGGGCGUUGACCCAAAGCUUGGCGAGAGAGUUUGGUCCUCAGGGGGUGCACGUGGCGCAUGUUAUUGUUGACGGGGUGAUUGACAUCCCUCGUACCAAACAGUGGGAGGCGAACGGGGGCGUGGAGGAUGGGAAGAUCAAUAGUGAUGCUAUUGCGGAGAGUUACUGGCAUUUGCACACGCAGCAUAGGUCUGCGUUUACGCAAGAGUUGGAUUUGAGGCCGUAUGUGGAGAAGUUUUAAGGACAGUAAUGCCAUGACACGAAAUAGGGGUCUAGUCCAUGUUCUGAUAUGGGAAAAGCGAGAUGUUGUUGUUGCGAUAUGCGGAAUAUAUCAUUCAAAUCAUAACCAGCCUGGUUACACGCUAUUGCUGGAAAAGGUCAGUGUUCAUCAUGCCAGCUUCGUCAAACGCGGAGGGAAACAGAGACUGUAUACGCCCAGUGUUGACCUCGCCCGAGGCAUGCCCAAUCUGUGUGCUACGUGUAAAAGUAGGUAGAUAAAGAUGUCCCCAAACGCCCAGCCAGCCAUCUUCCCCUGAUCCCACUGAAUUACCAAUCUCUUCAAAACCUGCCAGACUUUCUCCCAGUACGUUAUACAAGUGACAUGCGAAUGGCACGGCGCUGUUGCCGCCGAGGGAAAGGAGCUUCUCUUUUUGGGCUCCACUCGCC